AUGGCCACUCUCGUGUUCGACGCGGCGGUCCUCAGCCGGAAGGACGACAUCCCGCCGCAGUUCGUCUGGCCAGCCGACGAGGCCCCGUCCGUCCACGGCGUGGAGGAGAUCGCCGUCCCGGUCGUCGACAUCGCCGGGUUCCUGGCGGGCGACGGCGCGCUGCCGCUCGCCGAGAAGCAGCGCGCGCAGCGCCGCCUCGGCGAGAACCACGGGUACGCCGGCAGCUUCGUGGGGCGGUUCGGCAGCAAGCUCCCCUGGAAGGAGACCGUGUCCUUCAACUGCUCCGCCGCGCCGGAGGGCGCCCGCAAGGUCGUCGACUACUUCGUCGCCGUCCUCGGCGAGGAGUACCGUGACAUGGGAGAGGUGUGGCAGGAGUACUGCGACGAGAUGACGCGCCUGGCGCUGGACGUCACGGACGUCCUGGCGGCGUGCCUGGGCCUCGGCCGCGGCGCGCUGCGGGGCUUCUUCGCCGGCGACGCCUCCCUGAUGCGGCUGAACCACUACCCGCCGUGCCAGCAGCCCGGCGGCGCGUGGCGCGCCGUGCGGCCCCGGGGCGACGCCUUCGUCGUCAACAUCGGCGACACCUUCUCCGCGCUCACCAACGGGCGCCACAUCAGCUGCCUCCACCGCGCCGUCGUCAACAGCAGCCUGGCCCGCAGGUCGCUCACCUUCUUCCUCAACCCGCAGCUGGACUGCCCCGUUGCGCCGCCGGCCGAGCUGCUCGCCAUCGACGGCCGCCCGCGCGCGUACCCGGACUUCACUUGGCGUGAGUUCCUCGAGUUCACGCAGAAGCACUACCGCUCUGACUGGAGGACCCUGGAUGCCUUCGCCGCGUGGAUCAAUCAGGGCCGCAAAGGAUAG